AUGCUCACCUUCAAGAGAGCGCUGAUAGCCGCCGCGGCAUUCAUCACGAUGCUUUUCCUCGUCACCCGGUCCCACGCAUCCGCCCCGAAUAGCAGAUUACCUCCCCAACCACAAGACCAUCAACGGCAGGCCUCCACGAAAGAUGGACAAGCCUCACAAACCGGCCAUGACCCAGUCUCGACGUCGAAUUCCGCCGGGCUGCCUCCUGUUCAGGGGAAGAAGUCCGGCUACAAACAGCAGCAAUCGCUCCUAGACCUAUCGACUGCCCCAAUACGAGAAAGGCUAGCCUAUCACUUCCCCUAUGAUGUCGAAUCCAAGUUCCCGGCAUAUAUCUGGCAGACAUGGAAAUACACCCCGGCGUCGGGGGAGUUUGGAGAGAACUUUCGCCCGGCUGAGGCGAGUUGGACGGACAAACAUCCAGGCUUCAUCCACGAGGUCAUCACCGACCAAGUUGCUGUUCAUCUCCUCCGCCAUCUAUAUGCAUCGGUACCAGAGGUUAUGGAGGCCUACGAAUCUCUUCCCAUCGCUGUGCUAAAAGCCGAUUUCUUCCGCUACCUGAUCCUGCUGGCUAGAGGUGGUGUAUACUCCGAUAUCGAUACCUACGCACUUAAAUCUGCCGUGGAGUGGAUUCCAGACAGCGUCCCACAGGAGACAGUUGGCCUGGUUAUUGGCAUAGAGGCUGAUCCGGAUCGACCGGAUUGGGCUGAGUGGUACUCUCGCAGAAUCCAAUUCUGCCAAUGGACCAUUCAAUCCAAGCCGGGCCAUCCUGUCCUCCGGGAGAUUGUGGCCAACAUUACGCUUGAGACUCUGAAGAGGAAACAGAAUGGGACACUAAAAUCUCUCCCGGAUAAUAAGGUCAUCGAAUUUACGGGGCCGGCCGUGUGGACUGAUACCAUAUUUGAUUUCCUGAAUGACGAGAGGUAUUUCGACAUGAGCACCGGCACUGGGAAUAUUACAUGGAAAGACUUCACGGGCAUGACGUCGCUUAAGAGGGUUGGAGAUGUGGUGGUUCUGCCUAUCACUGGCUUCAGCCCUGGAGUCCAUCAGAUGGGAGCAGGGGACUAUGAUCACCCUCUGGCGUUCGUCAAGCAUGAGUUUGAAGGGACCUGGAAACCUGAACACCUACGGCAUAUCGGAGUCACCGACGAAGAGCGGGAGCUCGAGAAAAACAAAGGUCAUUAA